GUAAAUGCCACAAAUGGAUGGCGGAAGUUUCGCUAGUGUUUGAUGUCAACUCAUCCGCCAACAUGCAAACUUUUUCAACACGAAACCUGAAGAAAUACCUGGGAGUGCAAAUAUUUGUAGCUAUCUUUGUUCUAUAUUUGUGGUACCAGCUAAAUGGAGGACUGAUACCAAGCUUUCUGCGUCCGAGACUGCCAUUCUUGCAGGUGGGCCCCGAUGUUCAUGUCCUGAUGUUCUUCGGGGAUGCCGAGGAUGAUGGGAGCAAGAUCAAGUGGGCACGUGCAGUGAACACCAAGGCCAAGCUGGAAGCAGCAGCCAAAGGGAGUGUCCACAUGGUGGAAGGGGAUGUGAUACUGAGGGGCCAGGGCACCAAGGUGCAGUCCCUCGUCCCAGUCAUGGGGAAACCCCCCCAGACAGAUAGUGAUGUCACACUCACAGAAUGGCUUGAUGCCCUCAAGUAUGGGAACAAGGGGAUCAAGCUGGACUUCACCUCCAUUGACAGUGUGGAGAUAUCACUAGAGAAACUCAAGCAGAUGAAUGAAAAGAAAACCAUAGAGUUUCCAGUCUGGCUACAUGCUGAUGUGUUACAAGGCCCUCAUGGUGGGAAGGCAGCAGUGGUUGCCACACGUUUCUUCAAGACAGUGAAGCGAGUGUUCCCUAAGUGUACACUGUCGCUGGGCUGGACGUCUGGCACCCACACGGACCUCAGCCAGAGCGGCUACACCUGGGAGAUGGUGAUGACCAUGCGUGACCUGGUCAAAUCGUGGGACGUGGACGACCAGCCAAUAGUCUUCCAGGCUCGACUGUCCCUGAUCAGAAACUCUGUCCCUCAACUGAAAUGGCUAAUUGAUGUAGUCCCCCACUCUGCCCUGAUGAUAUGGCACUCCCCAGAAGAUGUGAAGGUGUCGGAAGACCUCAUGUAUGUCUGCUACAGGUUUGCACCAAAUAUGGUAUUCUUUGACUUGAAUGAGGACUACCUUCAGUCCCACCUGAAGCAGUACAGGCAUUUCUCCGGGGAAAGAGUCAAUGACUUAGUCAAGAAGAGAGAUGAGGUUAUGUUCCACCCAGGGGCUUGGGUGAAGAUGGGGUUCUGGAGGGAGCAGGAGUCCAUUCUACCCAGCACAGAGGCUCUGGUCCUUGUCAGCCCGAUUGUGUAUGUUAUCAGCAAAUCCAAGUACAAACCUACACCUACUAUAAAGCUUAGUGGUCGUGUUCAGUUCAUCAAUCGGGAAGGCAAAGAGGCAGAGUCAGGCCGCACUGGACUAGACAUUUUUAUUCGACCAACUGCAUAUGCAGAUUUUGAAAAUAUUGUAGGAAUCAAAUGUUUUCUUGGUGUGAAUGGAGAAAUUGAGGUGUCAGGCAGUAAUCUGAAGAAAGAAUUCAGUCAAAAAUCUCAGAAAAUCACACCAAGUUCUGUCAGCUGUUUUAGAUUCAGUGUUAUUGAUGCAAUUCAUGAGAUAAUAUUUCGUGUCAAUGUUCUCCAUGAGUGCAAUACAUUGGAGAGUGUGAAACCAGACACAGAAGUUCAUGCAGAGCUACAUAUUGACAUUCCAUCCACACUGGGAGUGGACGAACAUCCCUUCAUCAUUAAACUAGAUGACAGUAAAAGAGUGGCAGUGAUUGAUGAACUCAACAUCAAACAAACGUGAGGGACUGCCCAGAAUGAUGAGGGAUUAUAAACUUGGUUUCAUAUAUCAGUGGGAAAAUACAGUAUUUGGUCAUGUGACAUUAAAACAUUAGCCCUGUACAAAUAUCUGUUACAAACUAUCAGUUAAAAUGAAAUGUGAAAAUGUUCUGAAAUAUACUUCUUUAAAAAACCUGGGUCCUUUUCCCGACCUGAUUCAUAAAUGAUUCACCUCUCAUAUUCAUAUGGAAAUCUGUUGCAUCUAACGUGACAGUGCUCUGGAUCCCCUGGUUAUCAAUCAAUCAAAACAGUAUAUACCCUGCCAGAUGAAACUGGUACACUAGAUUUUUCUGAUAGGGAUUACAGGUGGGUGAAGUAUUUGUUUGUAUAGUUCCAGUGUUUUGUGGAUUGUUUUAUAAUGACACUUGUUGGUCGGUUUGUCAUAUACCAGUAUGCAGUACAUUUUCUAAUUCUAUGUUUUAAUACUACUGCAGGGGACAUUUGGUUUCAUUACCACUGCAUACAUUUCAAUUUUUUAGAUAAUAAUAUGAUGUGUCAAAAUGUUAUAUAUGAUAUAGAAUAUGAAGUGCACAAUGUGAGUUGUUAUUGUAUGCAAGCUGUAAAUAGUGUAAUGAUUGCACAUAUGGAUGUUGGUACUAUAGUAUGUUUUGUGUACAUGUAGGCCAGUGGUUUGUGUAUUGUACAUGUAGGCCAGUGUAUGUGUGGUGCACAUGGUCACAGUGUAAUGAUGUAUGUAAGCUGUGUGUGUACAUGCAGAAUGAUGAGGUUAGAUGUGUGUCAGUGGAACCUUCCUGAAAUGGUUGUGAGAAGCCCCAUUUGUACAGCAGUGUCAGUUGUUAAGAGUCUGCAGCUGUGGUAGUACCCGUCACUCAGGGCCCAGUGCUGCCUCAGCAAUUAAAGGGGUGUCUCAGUCAUCCUUCAAGAAGAGAUUUGUUGGUUCCCCUACUCCAUUUGAAUUGGAGUAUAUAUGCUGACAGAUCUACACGGAUUUACUGGAAUUAUCUUCAUUCCAGAGACAGCCUUUAAUUGUUUUAUAGCAAUGCAAGGGGGAAUGGACAUUGUUCUUAAAAUUGGAUGCUAGAAAAUAUAGAAUGAAGAGAUCAAGCAGUUUAUGUGAAGAAGUAUCUGUUGAUCCUGUCCAACCAACAGGUUAAUGUUUGUUUUUAACUUGAGUCAGUUCCAGGAAGGUGCAAACAGUGACAAGGGUUCUUGUUAUGGCCAUGCAGGAGAGUCAGGUGGGCAUAAUCAGAGAGCAUGUAAAAACAUGAUUUAUCACCCGUUAAUUGUGAAUGAUAGUUAAUGUGUCAGUGAAUUGUCAGUUGAUAGGAACUUUUGUAAAUCGUGUCACCUUAAUAUAGAUAUCUAUGUGCAGUUUGUUCAAUCCACUGAAGCUGUUGGAAAAUGUUGCACAUCUUUCCUAGAUACUGAUGUUGAAUGUAAAGUUGAUUUAAAUUUAUUGUAUAUUCUUUGCUUUUACACAUGUUAAAUGAUGUGUCAGAUUUCUAAUAAACAUUUACUUUUCUA